UCUAAUUUGCUUUAGAAAAAUUCACUGCUAGUCUAAAAAAGGAAGUUGAUUUUACAAAUAAAUAUGCCUAUACCUUAGUAAUCUUAAAAGUCCACUGCUAACAGUUCAAUGUGCAUGGAAAAAAUAAGUGAAAAUAAUUUUGAUUAGAAUAAUACUUCUAUCAACUAUAACGAUAAUACAUUUGCUACUUUGAAUAACUAGAACAAGAUUGACGGUUUGGAUAACCUUAAAUAGAACUCUAAGGAUCUUUGUUAAAUUAUCGAAGAAGAAUAACAGCAAGCAAAUGAUCACGGGGAAAAUGUUCACUAAUCUUUAAGCGCUCGCUAAGUGUCUGAAGAAGAUAAAAACAAUCAAAGUGCCCCAUAGAUAUCUCCAGUUUUAAGACAAAAAGAAAAUAAAGGUCUUCAAUAUAAAAAUAAAGUUUUUGUCUGUGAAUAAUAAUAGUAAAAUCCUUAAAUCUAGAAAAAACCUGACAAUUUAAUUGAAUCAAUACACCUUUCUAAAAUACCUGUAUCAAAAAUGGAAGCACCCAGAAUGGUUUAGGCUUAUGCAGCUGAUGAAGAAAAACCUGUCCGUAAAAUAUCAGAAUAAAAAUUGUCUUGCAAAAUUUGUUUGGAAGAGCAAGGUCCAUUCAUUACACCUUGCAAGUGUUCAGGAAGUUGUUCAUAUGUGCAUGAAAAAUGUUUAAAAGAUUGGAUUUUAUAAUAAAUGAAAAACAAAAAAAAGAUUUAAAAUAUUGAAAGUAAUGGAACAAAAGAGCUCAUUUUGUUUUAAAAUUAGCUUCCUGAAGCUAAAUGUGAAAUAUGCUAACACAAAUAUUAAUAUUAAACUAUUUUUAGCAACAAGCUUAGUUUCGACUGCCUUAAAAAAUGUGAUCAAACCACUUAAAGUUUUACUACUGGCUUUAUAGGCAGUCUCCUUUCUUGCUUUAUGAUUUUUUUGAUAGUCAUAAUGUUUACAAAUAGUCCCUUUUAAAGCAGUUCUAGUUAAAAUAACUCUACUUAAAGUGAUUAAAGCUAAUAAUAAAGUACUCAAAAUGAAAAAAAUGAAAAUAGUUCAAGUGACAACAGCUCUCUAUAUCAAAUUAUAUUCGUCAGCGUCAGUUUCAUAAUAUUAUUAGCUUUUAUUCUCAUAACAGUAAAGUGCUGCAAAAAAGGGCUCUGGUUAAAAAAGGUUGUGUCAUGGAAAAUUUUGGGCUUUGGAGAAAAAGCUUAAUAAGAAAUCGAAAUCAAGCAUAACACAGUUUUACCUACUUAAAUAAUUGCUUAAAAUCCUCCUUAAACUUAAAGAGUGGUACCAAGAACCAAUUAAUAAACCUAAGUGAGAUCGAAUACUGCUCGUAUUCUUACUCAAAGCUAGGCUUAAAGAUAGUAAAUGAGCAGACUAGUUCCAAUUAACAUCUAAAUGAAUGAAACAUUAAUACAAUAAUAAAAUAGAACAAUUAUUACUACACAAGCCCUUAGAAAUACAAGAAAUUGA